GGAAGGGAAGGUGUGGGGGGGCUGCAGGGGGUCGGCCGUAGGCUCUUUCCCUGGCUCUUUGCUGCAGGACCCGGGUUUGCAGGAAGGGUUGCGGGGAGGCCGGAAGGGUUUAGGAGGGGGACCCAUAGGGACUGAGGAGGGGAAGGGUCCCUUUGAACCAUGAGCUGAAAGAGGGGCUGAGAGGACUCUGGGGGACGCUCCUUUGGAGAAAGGGAGCUGAGGGUCUCUUUCAUGCUCCUUUUGGAGGGGCUUUACAUCUUCUCCAUAUAUAUAUAUAUAUAUAUGUAUAUGUAUAUAUAUUUAAAAGGACUUUAGUCUGAAAGACAGCCACCUAGGAAUCUGGGAAGGUUGAGGGCUUUAAAUCUCUUCCACUUUCUGCAUCAUCAAAGCCCAUAUAUAUAUAUAUAUAUAUAUAUAUAGGACUUUGCCCUCAAAGAUAGCUACCUGAGAGUCUGGGAAGGUCAGGAUUUUAAAACCUCCAGUUUAAUAUAUAUAUAUAUAUAUAUAUAUAUAUAUAUGGAUUUGCCCUGAGGGAAAGCUAGCUAGAAUUUGGGAAGGUCAGGGUUUUUAAUAUCUCUUCCACUUUUUUGAAUCAGAGCCCAGAUAGAUAGAUAUAUUAGCAGAAUAUGACCUGAAGGACAGCUGGUUUGGAAUCUGGGAAGGUUGGGGUUUUUUAAGUCUCCUCCACCUUCUGUAUAAAAAAAUCCAAAAGGACUUUGCCCUGAGGGAAAGCUAGCUGACAGUCAGGAUUUUAAACCUCCUCCACCUUCUGCAUCAAAGCCCAGAUACAUAUAUAUUUAAAAGAGUUUGCCCUAAAGGAAAGAUAGCUGGGAAUCUGGGAAGGUUGGGCUUUUAAAAAUCUCCUCCACCUUCUGCAUCAAAACCCAGACAAAUAAAUGGAUAUAUUUUAAAGGAUUUUGCCCUGAGGGAAAGCUAGCCAGGAAUCUGGGAAUCCUCCCCUUCUGCAUCAAAGCUCAGAUACUUUGGGAAAGCUAGCUAGGGAUCUGGAAAGAUCAGCAGGUAUCAUUUCAGAGGGAGAGAAAAGGAAAAGGUUUCCUGUGGGAUCCAUAGGUUAUUUUGUGGGGUUUGGGGCCCAGGGGUGGGGAGACACCUAAAAGGGUCUGCAGAAAUAAGUGGUGGUGCUGGGGCCCUGACAGGUCCCUUAGGAAGCUUUUUAGCGCCAUGGCCACCCGGCGUUUAACAGAUGCGUUCUUGUUGUUGCGGAACAACGCGAUCCAAAGCCGGCAGCUGCUGGCUGAGCAAGUGAGUAGUUACAGCUCCUCCAGCCCUCUGACUUCACGUAGCAUGGCUGCUGCGGAGCUGGAUGAGCUCACGGAUGAUCGCAUGGCACUAGUGUCCGGGAUUAGUUUAGAUCCUGAAGCACCUGUCUGUGUAACUAAGAGACUACCUCCAAAGUGGAUUGAUGGAGUAGAAGAAAUUCGGUAUGAGAUCUCCAGGAUAAAGCAGAAGAUGAAAGAACUAGCUAGUCUGCAUGAUAAACAUUUGAACAGACCAACUCUGGAUGAUAGCAGUGAAGAAGAACAUGCAAUAGAAAUAACUACCCAAGAAAUUACACAGCUAUUCCAUAGGUGUCAGAGGGCAGUCCAGACGUUACACAGCAAGUCUCGAAGCUGUACAGACCAAGAGCGUCGGCUUCUGAAGAAUGUUGUGUCUUGCUUAGCCCAGUCCCUUCAGGAAUUGUCCACCAGCUUUAGGCAUGGGCAAUCUGACUAUCUCAAACGUAUGAAGAAUCGGGAAGAAAGAUCCAAGCAUUUCUUUGACACUUCAGUCCCACUUAUGGAUGAUGGUGAGGACACAACACUGUACGAUCGGGGUUUUACAGAUGACCAGUUAGUAUUAGUACAACAAAAUACAGUACUGGUGGAAGAACGGGAGCGAGAAAUCCGACAAAUUGUACAGUCUAUUUCUGAUCUCAAUGAAAUUUUUAGAGAUUUAGGCGCAAUGAUAGUUGAACAGGGUACAGUUCUUGACAGGAUUGAUUUCAAUGUUGAGCAAUCAUGUGUUAAAACAGAAGAAGGAUUGAAACAACUACAUAAGGCUGAGCAAUAUCAAAAGAAGAAUCGGAAGAUGCUGGUCAUUGUAAUCUUGUUUGUUAUAGUAAUUGUUCUUAUCAUUGUUCUCAUUGCUGUAAAAUUUCGCUAGAUGACACUCCAGUAACAUUUUCCUUUCUGUGUAUGUGUGUUUGGGGAGUCAGGGGUGGAUUGUUGUGUGUUGUGAGUUUUGUCCCCUCUUUCUUGGUUUGUUUCUGGUAUGAAUGGUUGAGCCUGUGCUCUUGGAGGCUGCCUUUGGGAUGAAUGUAUAAGCCCUAUGGUGCAAAGUCUGUGCAAUGUUCCUAAAGACACCCCUCUCUGUUUUAUAUGUUCCAUGAAUAUGAGAGAUAAUGGUUUGCAAAAAGUGGGGCAGGGGUACGUGUGAAAGAAUCCUGCAGUUUUGGAGAAGUGCUACAAAAUCAGACAUCUGGUUAUUUAUCUUGGCAUUUGGAACACUAAACGUGCUUUUGUAACGAAACGGUUAAGGGUUAAGAUAUUUCAGAAAGUAUACUUACUUUCCUUUUUAUUGGGAACCUGAUGGUGUUAUAUGCCAUCUUUAUGCCACAGAGAAUCUUAGCUCUUGUGACCUUUCUGGGUUUCUGUUUGAACACAAUACCAAAAACUAAGGUAAAAAUGCCUUAAAGAUAACAAGUUUGAUUUCAUCUAGUUUUCACCUAGAUUUAAUGUUAAUGUAAGCAGAUUCAAAUUAAACCUCCAUGUGUGUUUUUUAUUUAAAAGCCGCAGAUAACUCCCACUUUGUGGCUUCAUAUCAUUGCUGUUUUGCCCCUUCUACAGUGAUAUCUAGGAAAUGUGAAUGUAACAUUCAACCAUAAUCAGUGCUAUACAUUUAGAAUUAUUUCCUAAGCUUUAAGUAAUUGGGAAUGUGCUGUCCUGCCUCCUCCCUUAGCACCUUACUCCUAAAGUGAUCAUACACUGUUUUUCUACUGCAUGUAUUUUUAAACAGAUAUUGAGUCCAGGGUUGAAAGGAAAUUCUUUGUUCUUCCUCAUCUCUCCUCCUGCCCCAAACGGUCUGUGUCUGUUAUUAUAUUAAAAAUCAAUUGUGGCAUAUUUCAUCCUCUGUUCAUAAAUACUGAACUAGUAAAGGCAUGGUGGUAUCCACACAUGUUGCUUAAACAGGGUGAAAUAAAUACACUGAUAUGUUUAUCCAAAUCAUGUUUAGAUAGACAAACUGUUUGUGUUUUAACUAUUUCAGUACAAGGAGAGCUCAGGAGAAACAUGGCAUACUGUUCGGCUGUGAUGAAGUGCUGUACUACUGGUUUCUGUAUAUCAUGAUCCCUUUGUUCCAUUAAUGUAGCAGUUGACUCUGCAGAUGAAUCAUUUUUAGUUGUAAAAUACUAGCAGUUUAACUGGAUCUUUAAAAUGCUCUGCAAUAUUAGGGGCCUUACUUAAUCUUUACAAAUACUCACACACAUUCCAUAUUGUAUAAUUCAAUUAAAGCUUUUUCUGUUGCAUCUCUUUCUGUUGUGAAUUACUGGAACAGUUUGCCAGUGUUUUGCAGCUGCCUUGUCUUUCAGCCCAUCGUUAAUGUAAUAACAUGUAAUGUCUGUGUGUUCUCACAGCAUUCCCUCACUCAUCCAUCUCUUUGCAGCAUUCAUACUUUCUUUAGAACAGUAGUCUAGAGCUUGAGAAGGCUGUUUCUUAGACUGCAACUGCAGGCACCAUGCCUGCUGGAGAUUCUGGAUGUUGUUGUCCAAAUGUAGUUUUCUGAGCUCUGCUCUGUAAGAUUGAUCCUAGUUGUGGAGCUAGGUCUCCAUGAAAGAAAGUCACUGAUGGGUGAUACUCUGCUGUCCUGUCUUUGAUGUCUUUCAAAACAUUCUGGGUAUGACUCCACCUUUGGCUUUAAGUACCGUGGGAACAAGUGACUAUUUGCAUGCCCAUGGGGAAGGUGUUGUUGUCUCUACAUCUGAAUGUUGUUGCACUUGUCCUUGGACUAUUGUAUCUUUGCUGCAAGCAGGGGAGAGAUUCAAGGGGUACCGAAUUUUGUUAACAUGAUGGAACUGGUGCUGUUCUUUGACUGUCAUAUUUGCAAAUGUUGGUGUACUACGUAGAUUGGGGAAGCACAGGAAGUUUGACUAGACCAUGUUGUGAUAUCUUCCAUCAUUCAUAUAACUCUCUCUAUAUAUCAGCAUAUAUGUAGUCCACAGCACCUAGGUACAAUGUUAUAAUUAAUCUCUGAAAGGUUGGUUUAGUUCAGGAGUGAGUAAGGCGGAUUCGUCCAGAUAUUGUUGGACUACAACUUUCAGCAUUCCUCAUUAUUAGCUGCAGUGUCAAGGGCUGUUGGAAGUUGCUUUCCAACAGUGUUUGGAGGGCUGCAGUUUGUCUAUGUCGGGGGUCUGUUGACGAGUCUCUGGAUGGUUUGUGGUAAAUCAACAAAAUGUUUUUUGAUGCCCAGUGUUUAAUAGCAGCAAUAAAACAAUAGCUGGAAAGGUGCAUGUGAAUUGUCUUUAUUAUGUUGCUAAGAUGGAGGAAACUUGGAAACUCCAGAAAUUGACUUUUGUAUGAAAGGACUCUGAGCUUAUAUUCUUUGGCUAAGCAUGAAUGUAUUCUUGGGCAGAGUAUGUAUUCUUGGGCUAAGCAUGUGCUCAGAGGCACUCUUUUCCUUACUUCUGCUGUUUUUCUCUGCAACAGCUCCUUCCACAAGCCAAUGUUUUGCACCUGGCUCUGUUUGGUAGAUCUUGUUUCUAGUAAAAACAAACACAAUGUGAGCCUGAAAUCUGCCCACUGAUGAUCUGGAUCUCAGAUCUGAAUCUGGGCACUCUAGUGAUUAUGCUGAAGGCUACACUAGAAACAUUUUCCUUGGCAGCUAGUUUUAUGUGUGUAGGAAGAGCUUCAGUACUGUGAGUGCAAGAUGAAUUGGUAUGGCCUAGCUAAUCAUUUUGGAGACAAUUAAACCUAAAUCAUGAACAAUGUAACACAUGGUAAAAGAAAGAAUUAAAGUCAAAUAAUCAUCGUUUUCUGUUUUGUUUCCAUUUUAAAACUCUCUCUUGUGCUGAUGUUAAAAUUCGUUCUUUAUUUUUAAAAAAUUGACACUUUCAAAGGAAAUAAAAAAUAAAGUGUGAUAGAACGCAAUGAGUGUCUAAAUUAUGCCUGUGUUGGUAACCUUACUUAUUUAUACAGAACUGUCAGGAUGUAUAGUGGUUUACCAGCAGGGUUGGAAAUCUUGUGACCUUCAAGUUAUUGUUGGACUGCAGUUCCCCAGUAGGCCUAAGUCGCACUGACCGGGGAGAAAGAUAGGAGUUGGUAAUCAGAUGACAUCUGCAAGGCCACAUGCUUCCUGCACAUGCUUUACUGCAUGAAGAAGCAGGCCUCUGAUCCAAGCACCCUACAGUCUAAAGUUUGACAGUGAAGACAAAACGAAAGUAAUAAUAGUUUUUUGUGUGUUUUUCAGGAUAUGUGGCCAUGUUCUAGAAGAGUUUAUUCCUAAUGUUUCUCUGAAGAUGCCAGCCACAGAUGCUGGCAAAACAUCAGGAAUAAAGUCUUCUAGAACAUGGCCACAUAGCCUGAAAAACCCACAAAUAAAUAUGGGUGCCAGCCAUGAAAGCCUUCGACUUCACAUCAGGUAAUAAUAGAUUACACACAGCACUCCUUAAAGGUGGUUAUAGAGGGAGCAAGGUUUGAGGAUGGAGAUAGGAAGAAGGCUAUUCCAAUACUAAGGAAAAAUCAGUCAAACAUAAUCAGCAGCAACAAAAUUCAAAGAGCAGAGAUGGUAUUUGUUUUCAUGCAAACUCCAUGCAAGCAUCUCUGUGGCACACAAGGAUUAUAUCCCUCUUCUGACAGUUUGCAGCACAGCUUUACAAUACUGCUGUUUCUGAGACUCUGUUUGUAUAUUGUGCAUACCCAUUUAUAAGCACUGAGUGGUGUGUGUUUUUUUAAAGGCUAACAUAAAUCCAGAACUGCUUUAAGAACCAUUAACUUGAUUAGAACAAUCUUAAUUUCUAAUGGCUAAUCAAUGUAAGAUAUGUACAUUCCAAAGGGGUUUGUAGCUUGAGAACCCUUUUGUUCUUCCAUCAUAGUUCCAUGUAAGGCUAUUGCCAUUUGGAAAGGGGAAAAAUGUUUAUUUAAUAUUAUUUAUAUGAACUGUUGAGAGAUUAUCCACUACUCUUCAUUUUUUUUACAUUAUAGUUAUAUUCUUAGUGCUGUACAUUUGCACAGCCAAAUGGCUUUAGAGUUGAGAUUAGGUAGGAAAGAUCAGUAAAACCAGAGUGAAGUCAAAGAUUAACAAAUGAAUUAACAGAGACAUGAUAACAGCCAUCAUACCUGAUAGCGCUGUACUAGUCGCUAUGCACAUUUGUAUAAUGGGGGCAUUGUUAACUUUUAUGGGAGCUUUUCUUUAAAUCUCAGUAAUGUUUCAUGAAUGUCUUUGAUGUAUUCAUUUAUACAGUAAUAUUGCUCUUCAUAGGUAAAACCUCUCAGAAUUUUGAAUACUGAAGAACUCCAGUGACUAUUAAUUUCCUUUUCACUAUUUUUCUAUUCACAAAUGGAAAAGUAAGGCUGAGAAUUACUUGUCUGACUACCCAGAGAAUCCAUUGUUGUAAUUUGACUUGAAGACAGCCUAAUAAUACAGGGCAGACAGAGGUGGUUCUGUUCCUUCACGUUGACUCUGACUUAUGGUGACUCUUAAGUGAAGCUAUCAUAGGAUUUUCUGGGGCUGAGAGUGAGUGACUCACUUAACACCAUCCAGUGAGUUUCCAUGGCUGAACAGGGAACUGAUCCCUGGUCUCCAGAGUUGUCCAAUGUGGAAACCACUACACCAUGCUGGCUGUCUAGACAGAUUACUCUAGUCCUAAGUGUUAUUUGUUCCCCUCAUGUGAUUUUAGUCAUGUGAGUAUGGUGUAAUAGUUUGAGUAUUGGACUAUUGGACUACAGUUCUGGAGACCAGGGUUCAAUUCCUACUUGGCUAUGUUCUCAACCUCAGAAAGAUGAUGGCAAACCUCCUCUGAACAAAUCUUGCCA